AAAAAUGUGAGCACAAGAGAUAAUUCGUGUUUAAAGGUUUAUUCGUGAUUUAUUGGACAGUUGGUUGCAACUCUUCACUAAGAAGUUGCUGUUAUAAGAGGCUAAUCGGCUAAUAAUCAUAAAAAGCGCAGUAUUGCAUGACGGUGCCGGACAUGUGCGCCACCUAGCGGUGGGCGAGAGGCCAGCGAGUAUAAAAUCCUCCGGUCUGUGGAGGUUGCCAGCAUCAGCAUCACCCCUCACCGAGGCUGCAUCGAGUCGGAAUUCGGGCUCCAAAGUAUACGCAGCCUCAGAUUCACAAGCUCCAGUGGGACACUUAUAUAUUAUUCUAUUAUUUUAUAUUUUUCGCAACUGGGGAAAAUGAACAAAAUGCGAGCAGACACACUUUUACAAAUCACUCGGUUCAAUUACGCAACUCUGACCUCCCGCUGAGACUCCGCACACCACGCGCAGGACGCCCACGACCCCGCGCGCCAGCACUCCGGACGCGUGGCCUGAGAGAGGAGGGCAACCUGCGGGAAAAGAGAAAAGUAACUCGCCCGCAGACCUCUUGUUCUUCUCUCUCCGCGGCACCAUGCAGAGCAACAGCAGCGCCUCCGGACCCCCGACGGCCCUGAGUGCGUGCGGAGAACAGGACGAGCGCGAGAUCUCCAAACUGGUCAGUCCCACGGGCGCAGCCUCCAACCUGGCGGCUGUCAACCUCUCUCUGAACUGUUGGCUGCACAUCCUCUCCGAGGAGUCCUCGCUGGACCUGCACGGAGACGGCGCCAACCUGGCAGUGCGGAUCCUCAUUGCCCUGGUCUACCUGGUGGUGUGCGUCCUGGGGCUUGUGGGUAACUUCCUGGCACUCUUCCUGCUCCGCUCCCGCCACCGGGGCCACCGCCACUCCUCCAUCGACUGCUUUGUGAUGAGCCUGGCGCUGACGGACCUCCAGUUCGUCCUCACCUUGCCCUUCUGGGCCGUGGACACGGUGCUGGACUUCCGCUGGCCCUUCGGCCGGGUCAUGUGUAAGAUGGUGAGCUCGGUCACCACCCUAAACAUGUACGCCAGCGUCUUCUUCCUCACCGCCAUGAGUGUGACCCGCUACCGCUCCCUGGUGACCUCCCUUAAGAUGGACAGCCCUACAGUCGCCACUGCUCGAGCCAAGUGGGCCAGUUUAGCCAUCUGGGUGGUGUCGCUGGUGGCUACACUGCCUCAUGCAUUCUACUCCACUACAGUCCAGGUAUCCGCUGAUGACGAGCUGUGCUUGGUGCGAUUCUCCGACUCCGACUCGGGCCACUGGGACCCACAGGUCCUGCUUGGACUCUAUCAAACACAAAAAGUCCUGCUGGGAUUUGUCGUGCCCUUGGUCGUCAUCAGCGUGUGCUACCUCCUCCUCCUGAGGUUCGUCCUGAGCCGGCGCGUCGUAGGCAGCGUGGUCAGUGAAGGCAUCGCAGAGAGGUCAGAGUGCGAGAGGGGACGCCACCGCCGCCGCUCCAAAGUCACCCGCUCCGUUACCAUCGUAGUUUUGUCCUUCUUCAUCUGCUGGCUGCCCAACCAGGCCCUCACCCUGUGGGGGGUGUUGAUCAAGUUUGACAUGGUGCCCUUCAGCAAAGCCUUCUACAACACGCAGGCCUAUGCCUUCCCCCUGACUGUGUGUCUGGCGCACGCAAACAGCUGCCUCAACCCUGUGCUCUACUGCCUGAUCCGACAGGAGUACAGAGCCGGACUGAAGGACCUUCUGCUGAGAGUGUCCCACUCCAUCCGACGUGUUCUCACUCUGGCUCUCAGAGGCAGACAAGUGGAGGAGGCACCGUCCAGCCUGGUGAUGAUACAUAAAGACAUCGACGCGUGAUUUACAGAGGGAACAGUUGACGUUUUGGGAAGUGUGCUUAUUGACUUUUCACUUGCUCGGAGUGAGAUGAGAGGAUUUAUGCCACUCAUCGGUUUGUACAUUGAAGCUUAGCUUAGCAUUAAGAUAAAACCUCUACAGCUGUAUCUAGUGUGUUUAACCCGCACAGAAGCCGAAGUGUAAAAAAACGUCCACACAGUGUUUUACAAAAGGUUACAUGUUAGACUAUUUCUCGGUUGACUUUGGUUUUUGUACGUAAGACAAAUGAUAGACGAGGUCUGAUUCAGAGGUGCCGAUCAGUGAAUUCUGUUGCCAUGCGGACUGUGCCCCCGUUUCCAGCCUACAGAGAAUGGAAAUAGUUGCACAGGGUUCAUAUUUAACAUACAAGAGACACAAGAGGGAUCACUCUUCUCUUCUAACUUUCAGAAAGAAAUCCCGUUUCCCAACAUGUCAAACUUUCCCUAUGAUACAUUCCUCCCUCAGCUGAUGCAGAGGCAGCUGCUGACGCCACUUCACAGUUUCAUGGUUAUCACUGGGGAUUUUGACAAGGUCACAUUGGACCAAUCACUUCCCAACUUUACAACCGGAACAUCCAAGCUUGGGAUCAAUAAAGUACCUAUCUUAUCUCACCUAUCUUAUCUUAUCACAAAGGAAGUGCUCCUUUGUGAAUCAACUCUGCGUGCCAUGUUUUCUUUGGUCCGACACUGACACGACGCGCCUGAACAACUAUAUUUUGCCUUUCGUCAUGGACUUCCAUGAAAAACUUUUCACUGCGUCACUGUGGAACUAUAUUCUCCUGGGUAAAUAUACAAGUAGACUGAAAACGAUCAGACCGAGCUCUAAUCAUUCAGCUCUGAGUUACAGUUUUUUUUCCCAUUCAAUCAAGAAUUAUGCAGUGUAAUGUUUGAGUAGCUGGACCUGUGAAAAUAUAUUUUUACUUUGCAUCUCAAACAGCCACACGUGCAGUUGUGAGGACUGUAAGAUUGUGACAUUUCCACUAGGAGUGAUGUGUUUAAUAUCUGUUUGUGUUAUUUUAGCUAACUCAAAUCUGGGCAUCAGAACUCAUCAUAUGCAGUAAAUCUUAACUCCGGGAUAUUGGUUUGUUUUUUUAAGUGGAGGUAUUGUUUGAUGCUAUCAUGGAGCUGUCAGCCCUUUUCACGUCUCUCUGUGUCUGCCUUGCUGUGCCGCUGUGAAUAGUUUUGUGAAUACACGUGUUCUGUGACAUUAAAA